AUGUCUAAUGUUCUGUCUCUGGACGAAGAAGUACGGUUAUACACAACCAACGCGGAACGCGAGCGCUACGAGUCGCUGGCAACGCUCUACGGGAUCAUCGUCGCUCUCGAUUAUCUGGAACGGGCGUAUGUACGGGACAGUGUACCUGCCACCGAAUACUCCCCGGCAUGUACUCGACUGCUGUCGCAGUACAAGACGAUGCAUAAGCUAGUCAGCAAUGACGUGCCCACGAUAGAAACCUUCAUGAAGCGAAAUCGGAUGGACUGUCCUGCCGCCCUUCACAGGCUGCAAGUGGGCGUCCCGGCUACGGUGGAGCACUCGAGUGAGGCCGGCCCAGAAACCGGGAAGUGGGUUGCUGAGACUACGCAGAGUUUCAUCACUUUCAUGGACGCCCUUAAGCUUCGCCUUCGCGCGAAAGAUCAACUGCACCCUAUCCUCCAAGAACUCGUCACCAGCUAUGCGCGCUUUAAGGGCAGCAAGGAUUGGGAAGGCCGUAGUCGGAUGGUGAGCUGGUUGAUUACGCUCAACGGGAUGAAAGCUUCAGAGGAGCUUACGGACGAGCAGUCUCGUCAGCUACUGUUCGAUGUCGAACAUGCUUAUUCUGAGUUCUUUAGAUAUCUUAGUGGAUCGACUGGAGAAGGGUCGUGACAACGGGCAAGGUAAGAGUACCCGUCAGAUCCCUAUGCAACGGGAUUUGCUGUAAGAGUACGUGAAUGAAGUAUCACAAUGGAUCAUGUUUCCCCUA